GUUCAGUCUUUCGGAGGCCUUCGAGCGCGCGCGACAACGCAGCUAUUGUACGCGAGACUCUCGCGGCCACGUUCCUCUCGUGUGUGUAUAUUUUUUUAUUCGGUGUAUACAUACGUCCGCGAUUUUCCGUGAUUCACCGUCGCAGUGAUUUCUUUCCGAGCUACCGAGUGUGGCAAUCGAUCCAACUUGAUUUUUAACGAUCGACCUAUGUUCACGACGUCUCUUUUUUAUUACAAUACACACACAGAGAGACGUAUCCCUCUCGUUAUCUCCGCGAUUACUGUUGUAUCGAGCCGACGAUAAGCUCAGCUCGAAUUGCAAUAAGUUUUUCUCUAUGAUAAAGGCGAGAGAGAGAGAGAGAAAAAAGCGAAGAGCGCGUGUACAGCCGCUCUCGAAACGCAGUAUAUGUAACUCGAUAGAAAAGAUGAUCGUCGCACGAUAAUUACACAAUCGCGCAGUCGGAUUCAGUGACUUGUGUAAGUAGCCGCGUGUGCAGUUUGAGAUUUUGCGGCCGUAUAGUUGCAGCGUUCAGUGUGGCGGUGGUGUGUGUGUGUGUGAUAUCGUUAAAUAGGUGAAAAAGCCGCACGCAUGUGGCGGCGCCGGUACCAGGAUACAGGCAGAUCCUCGUCCUCGUCGUCAUGUCCACGUCGUCGAGCAGCAGUGGCCUCGAGCGCGUUCAGUACAGCGCAGAUCGAGUGCAUCGGGACAACCUGAAAAGCGCGGAGAGCAUCGGAGGCGGCGGUAGGCGCAGCACCAUGAAGCCGAACUCGGCGUACGUGCCGCACAAUCGACUCUCGAGAUACUUGGCUGCGCUAUCAAGUCUUGCCCUAGUCAGGUUCAAAAGUGCUCUGGGCUCGGAGCUUCCGCUCGACAAGAUCGGAUUGUUCUCCAGCGCGUCGUUCAGGUGGCUGAACGAGUAUCUCUACGCGGGAUACAAGAACGGAAUGAAGGACAAGACGCUGCCGAGCUUGUCGCACAGGGAGACCUGCAAUGAUAAUGGGCCUAGAUUGGAGGGUUUGCUGCACGCGCACUUCGUGGAAAAAGGUCAGGCAGGCGCGUCGAUUCCCCAGGUGGCAUGGCACUUCGUCCGCACUCGAGUCAUCAUCGGUUCCAUAAUCUACUUCGUCGGCAGCAUCAUCUCUCUAGCGGGACCGAUUUUCGUUCUGCGCGAGAUAGUCCGAGCGACCGAAGAGCGUAACGCCAUCAACACUGCUCUGUCCCACGUGAACAGAACGAUCGUGAUCAACGACACCGAAGUCAACGACACUUUCAGGGAAGUUUUUAGAACGAAGGAGAGCGAGAUCGUCAUGGACGAGAUAAUAAUCUUCAGCCACACAGGACUGCUCAUCUUCAUCGAGGUCGUCUCGCAGUUCCUCGUCUCCUGGAGCUCGUCCCUCAAUCUCAGAACGGCCUGUCGACUACGCUCGGCCUGUCUGGCGGUCUCCUACAAGAAGCUCCUUCGAUCGUCGCUGAGAUGCUCCACGACUGCGCAGCAGACGCUCACCUACUUCGUCCCGGACAGCGAGGUGCUCCACGAGCUUAUCGGCUUGGGACCGGUCGUCGUCACCGGGCCUACCGUACUCCUGCUCGUUUCGGGCUUCACUUGGUUCGCCCUGGGGAACUGGGCCCUCUUUGGCAUACUUUUGGUCGUCCUGCUGUAUUCCUGUCUGAUUAUUGCCGCGUACUUCACCAAGGCUUUCGCCGCCAGGGCGAUCGAGUAUUCCCUGAGGAGGAUGUCAUUGGUCGAAGAGUUCGUCAAUAACAUCCAGAUGGCUAAGAUCACCCUCUGGGAUCAGCAUUUUCAAUCCAGGAUCAAGGACAUCCGAGCUCGAGAGUUAGCCGAGAUGCAGUUCGGCGGUUUCAGCGAGGGCUGCGGCCUGUCGAUGAUCCACAUGAUCCCGGUCUUCGCCGUGUCUACCAUAACACUCGUCAGCCUUCUAAUCGAGAAGCAGAUAUCCUUCGUCGAGUACGUUCCGGUGCUGGUGCUAUUUCUGGUAAACCUGAAGCACUGCAUCCGCACGAGCUGGAUGGCACUGAGCAGUAUCUCGAGGGGUCUGGCUUUUCUCAACAAGCUGAAGAGUAUCCUGAUCCUGCAGGAGGCCGAUCGGUUUCUAGAUAAGCCGAUCGAUCGGAAUUUCGCCAUCAUCAUUCACAACGGACACUUCACGUGGUCGAAGAGCAAGGCACUUGCUUUGAGCAAAGUCGCCAAACGAUCGUCUCGUUUCUACGUGGACAGCCACGACGGCAACAGCUCGAUCGAGUUCAACUUCCCGAACUCCUUCGUGACGACCCUCUCGGAGAUCGACUUCUACGUGCCCAAAGGCAAGCUCGUCGGUCUCUACGGUCGUCAGGACUCGGGAAAAACCUCCUUCCUCCUGAGUAUAUUGGGACAGCUUCAGUGCGUCGGUGGUACAGUGGCGAUCGACGGCAGUUGCUCCUACGUUCCCAACAAGCCCUGGCUGAUGAUGGACGGUACGGUCAAGGAGAACGUCCUCUUCGGCGAGAGUUUCGAUUCCAGUCGAUACUACCGGACGCUGAGGGCAUCGCAACUGAGCCAGGAUAUCGCUACGAUGCCGGAGAUGGACGAUACCGAUGUCCAGGUCGCCGAACUCGGACCUCUUCAGAGACAGAAGAUCGGCUUGGCUAGAGCUGUGUACGCCCAGAGGGACAUCAACUUGAUGGACGAACCGCUGAAGGAUCUGGAGCCAAGAGAUCGAGUCGAGGUGUUUGAUAAGUGUGUGCUGCAGUUGCUCGCCUCCAAGACUGUUAUCGUGGCCAGCGAUCGGAUCGAGUUGUUGAGCCGAUGCCACGUCGUCUACGUAAUGCAGGAAGGCAAGAUCGUCGAGAGCGGUAGCCACGAGGAGCUGCUUCAGUCGAACAGCCAAUACGCUAGACUCGCCGAGUCUCAGGCGAGAUCGCGUUACAAAAAACUGUCAAAGAGCGGAGAUCUACCGAGCUCCUCGCCCUCGGUCGUGCAGACACCUACUACGCCUAAGGAUUUUUUAUCCAGCUUGGCCGCUUCUUCCUAUGAUAGCGUUCAUAACAACGAUGAAGACGGACGUCCGCUGUACGGCAGGAGCAAUUUCGACUACCCGAUAUUACGCAGCUUCAGCGAAGGUCGACCCAAGACUGGUGUAGGGGUCUAUCUUAAGUAUACCGGUGGAUGGUCCAUUGGCAUCUUGCUAUGCGUCCUCUCUGCCCUCUACGCCUUCGCCAUAGCCAUUGCACCUGUCUGCAUCGUCCACGUCGGACAGAAAACUGUAGAUGACAUGAAGGUGGCAGUUGGACUGCUCGCAACGCUCGUCGGCUUCCUCAUAGUUUGUGGAGCUAUUCUAACGAUCGCUUACAACAAGACUAUUUCCUUAGCGGCAACGAAACUGCACGACUACUGGAUCGAGAGCCUCGGCCGUGCGCAGAUAUCGAUCUUCAGCUCGUCGACGAUCUCCCUCUUACUCAACAUCUGCAGCCUGAAUCUACAAGAAGUCGACUCAAUCCUGCCCAGGUCGAUCAUAACGAUCCUGAUAAACAUCGGCGUGAGUCUUGUCAGUCUGGUAAUCCUAAGCUUGCUCUCGCCGUGGCUGCUACUACCGGUCCUCGCCUUCGUCAUCGUAUCCAUGAUAUUCAGCGUCUACGUUCGAGGCGCAGUUUUGUGCCUUCACGAGCUGAAGGUCAGCUCGGCGACGCUGGUACUGAACCACAUUGGAAAUGCGGUUCAAGGUCGUGCCACUAUUCAGGCGUUUUCCAAAGAGAAGGAGUUCGCUAAGAAGUACUAUAAGCUGUUUAAUGAGAACUCGACGUACGACUUUAUGCUGUACGCGACGAGGCUCUGGUUGGAGUUUCGAUUAAAAUUGUUGUCAGUUCUAGUCCUGAGCGCCGUGAUAUUCGUGAGUGAGCUGUUGUACAGCGGCGUAAGUAACUUGCCGCAGCUGAGUCUCGCCUACAUCUGCACGAUGCAGUUGACGCUUAGCGUAUUACAUACCAUCGGGGCGAUCAACAACGUCUACACGAGUCUUAUGGCGCUCAACAGCGUUGAUCACUACAUGAAGACUAUACCAAAGGAAAGAGAGGGCACAGCCCGGCUGUCCAGCAUGUGGCCAACGGACGGCAGUUUGGAAUUCCGCAAUGUUCUGCUCUUCGACCGCGAGGAGUCAAUGAGGAAGCCCCUCACAUUCGCUCUCGCCUCUGGCGACAAUCUCGCGGUGAUCUCGUCGCAGGCGGAAGCUCGGGCGGCCUUCGUGUCGGCUCUAUUUAGGUUUGCGGAGCUACCGGCCGGUGAAAUCUUCAUCGGCGGCACGAGUAUCUCCCAAGCACCGCUGCACAUACUCAGAAGAUGUAUCUGUUUUAUACCUGGUAACCCGAUGCUCUUCAAUGGGACCAUAAGGCAUAAUCUAGAUCCAUCCGCAGAAAUGGCUGACCAGUCGCUGAUGAGGGUCUUGCAGAAGGUACAACUGUGGGAGAAGGUGUCGAAAAUGCCUGAUAAGCUCGUCAGCGAUUCCUGUCACCUCUUCACCGUCUACGAGAAGGUUCUGAUAUUCUUGGCCCGUGCUUUGCUCAACGAGCGCACGAAGAUUAUCAUACUGGAAGAUCCCGAGGUCGACGUCUUGAACGACCGGAGCGAUGUGCUCGAGGUCGUUCUGCGAAGCGUCUUUGCCGAUUACACCGUGAUCAGGCUCUCUAGUCACAGAAUUCGUUCCUGUCAGAAGUUUUUGACCCUUGACGACGAGCUGGAAGAUUAUAACUCGGACCAAGGUUCCUCGACCCUUUCCCAGGUCACCACGACUACCGAACUUUACACUGCGAUACCUGCCCACAUCGGCGUCUCAUCCGACGGAAUGAGCUCGGAAACGAUGUGAGAAGUCAUACGAAUUCAUUAUUCCGGCUACGUUCUAUUACAAAAAGAAUCCAAAUAUUUUUUACAUCAUGUGUAUAAUAUAGAUUUUAUUUUCCAAGUGUAUAAAGACAAUAUAUGGUAGUCACAUAGCUGCGCGCAUAUAGAGGAAGAGGAAACCAAACGACUUGGUGCCUCGUAGUAUCGCGAAGUUUUGGCUGGCUUUGAGUCUUAUCAAUAAGUCAAAUAAAAAAGAUAAAGUCUAUAAUCAAAGACCCGUAAAAACGAAUUAAUAAAUCUAUUUGUGGAAGAUAAUUUUACACAUAAAGGGAAAGAGAGUCGACAGUCUCUUAUUCAGAGCGAGCGCAGUGCGCGCCCAUUAGCUCUCGGUCAGACUUGUUUGACUUCGCCGCUGCAGUGUGGACAGCAGGCCAUGUUGGCCAGAUUUGCGGAUGAUGAUCCGGAGGGCAGGAACAUGCGUCCACCCACGGCUACGGCUGCGCCCAUCACUGCGCUACAUGCCGCGUCCUGGCGACCCGACAUUAGCAGGUUCGGGGUCAUCAGUAGCUGCAACAAAAUCAAUUUAAUUUGUUAUAGAUGUACCUAUUAUUGUCAUUUUGUUUUAUUUUAUUGUAGUGCGUUAACAGAGAGGCUAUUUUUUGUGCAUAAUAAAGAGCAUAUUUUUACACUUGA